AUGGCAGCGAAAUCCGAUGGUCGGGGGGUCGUCACCGGUUUCGCCCAGCUGCAUAACCUGGACGAGACGGUGGGGUGUGGAGAGGACGACCCGAGGGAAGGCAGCUCCUUCCACAUCUGCCACUGCUGCAACACUUCUUCAUGCUACUGGGGCUGUCGGAGUGCUUGCUUACAUUACCUCCGGGGGAAGGGGAGAGACGCCAGACUGCCGCCACAAGAGGAACGCCUCUGGUUGGACUGCCUAUGGAUCGUCCUGGCGCUGUUGGUCUUCUUCUGGGACGUGGGCACAGACUUGUGGCUCGCAGUCGAUUACUACACUAAGCAGGACUACCUCUGGUUCGGACUGACACUGUCCUUCGUCCUUGUUCCAUCGGUGCUGGUCCAAAUCUUGAGCUUCAGGUGGUUUGUCCAGGAUUACACAGGGGGUGGCUUGGGGACCGUUGAGGGUCUCAGUAGCCGAAGAGCUACAACGCGUCUGGGCACAUCGGUCCACGGCAGGGGCAAAUGCUGUCGCGUAUCCGUGUGGAUCUGGCAGACGAUCAUACACAUCCUCCAGAUGGGACAAGUGUGGAGGUACAUUCGCACCAUGUACCUGGGCAUUCAGAGUCGGAGGCGAAAGGAGAACCAGCGACGCUUUUACUGGGCCAUGAUGUACGAGUACGCUGACGUCAACAUGCUGCGUCUCCUGGAGACCUUUCUGGAAAGCGCUCCGCAGCUGGUGCUCCAGCUCUGCAUAAUGAUCCAGAAGAACCGGGCCGAGACACUACAGUGUGUGUCAGCUGCAGCCUCUCUUUUGUCCCUGUCCUGGGUCCUGGCUUCCUACCACAAGCUCCUACGCGACUCCCGAGAUGACCAAAAAAGCAUGAGCUACCGGGGGGCCCUGGUCCAGCUCCUCUGGCGUCUCUUCACCAUUUCCUCACGAGCGCUCUCCUUCGCUCUCUUCGCCUCAGUUUUCCACAUCUACUUCGGCAUUUUCGUGGUGCUGCACUGGUGCGCCAUGGCCUUCUGGGUAAUCCACGGUGGCACCGACUUCUGCAUGUCCAAGUGGGAAGAGGUGCUCUUUAACAUGGUGGUGGGCGUGGUCUACAUCUUCUGCUGGUUCAACGUGAAGGAGGGCAGGACCAGAUACCGCAUGGUGGCCUAUUACACGCUGGUGCUGACGGAAAACGCCGUGCUGACCGCCCUGUGGUACGCCUACAGGGAUCCGGCCACCACCGACUCUUACGCCGUCCUGGCCCUCUGUGGUGUCUUCCUGAGCUUCGCUUCGGGGGUGGCCUGCAUGAUUCUCUACUACGGGGUGCUCCACCCAAUGGGGCCACGGCUUAGGGUGCUAGCCAGCUCUUGCUGCGCUGAACUCCUUUGGGGUCUCCCCCUGCCCCCAGAGGCCGAGCCAAUGGCCCCCACCCCGGGGCCUCGGGGCUCUCAGGCCACCCCGACGAGGGGGAUGGCUUCAGGGGACUACGGAGAGCCGGAGGAGGCUGCCACGGACACCUGCCUGCCUGUGUUCCAGGUGAGGUCCACGGUGCCCACGGAUGCGGCGGGCCGGCCCAUUCGCCCCGAGGGGCCGCUAAUCAAGAUUGACAUGCCCAGGAAACGCUACCCGGCCUGGGAUGCGCACUUUGUGGACCGGCGUCUGCGGCGAACCAUAAACGUCCUGCAGUACAUCAGCCCCAAUGCCGUGGGCAUCAGGUACAGGGAUGGGCCACUCCUCUAUGAGCUCCUCCAAUACGAGUCCUCCCUCUGA